AUUUCCCAUUGCUACAAGGUCGAACAACCUGAAUACCAUUGGUCAGUUCAACUCUACCCCGCAUCCUCAGCACUGUGAAAUGUGGAGUAGAGUUGUACACGACUGAGUGCUUGUAGUCCGAUCUUCAGAAUAAUGGAACUUGGUCCUAUCCACAGCCGCAUACUCGGCCGUUCCACGUCGUAGAUGAAGUCUAGCCCUCUGCCACUUGCAGCGGAAUGUGGAGAAACCAGCAUGUAGUGACUCCAUACUCCCCUGGGAUGCCAGCCUCUAUUCAGCUGCAAGAUGGGCGCUGGCUAUAUCAAGCAUAAGGCCUGCACCACCUUGCUUCUUCGCAGAGUUGCCAGCUCUAUUAUCUGAGCGACAACCCAUCCAAGAUGGCCGAACCACACCCAUGCGCCUCACUAGAUCACAAACUCGAUGCCGAAAUCAACUACAUAGAAGAUACUACUACUACCAUCUCUCAACCUCCCCAAGACAAUACCCACUCACACGUCAAAGGCAACGCCUUCCUCAUCCGCGAAGACGGUCAAAUCCGUAAAAUCCCCGUCCCCUCAUGCAACCCCAAUGACCCCCUCAACUUCUCUCCGUGGGAAAAAUAUGGCAUCAUAUUUUGUUGCUGUUGGUUCUCUAUCAUGGGUCUAUCGAUUGCAGGCGGGCUCGGUGCCAUCUUGAAUGUGUUUUUUGAAAUGUAUGCGCCGCAGGGAUAUACGGCUGAUGAGAUUGUGUUUUUGAUUACGCUGCCUACGUUGUGCAUUGGACUGGGCAACUACAUUAUUCUCCCCUUGGCACUAGCAUAUGGUCGGCGUCCAGUCUUUCUCGUUUCCAUGGUAAUUCUGCUCGCGGCUACGAUUGCCGCCGCUGUGCAAAAUAGCUAUAACGGCCAUCUCGCAUCGCGCAUCGUGCAGGGUCUCGCAACGGGCUCAUCCGAGUCACUCCUCCCGCUCAUGCUCACCGAAAUAACUUUUCUGCACGAGCGCGGCCGAAUUUUCGGGUUGUACUGGAUGGUGCAGAAUGCGCUGAGCUCAUCCAUCAACCUGGCGAGCACAUAUCUAAAUGAAGAGAUGGGAUGGCGGUGGUACUACUGGGUUUUCGUCAUCACCAUCGGAUUUGGACUCGUGGUUGCGUUUUUGCUAGGCUUCGAAACGCAAUUUACGCGGUCGCCUGCUAGUCUGGAUGGAUUACUGAUUUUCACGGAUGAGUUUGGGGUUACAAAGGUUAUUCCGGAUGAGGAGGCGCAGGAUUACUUUGCGCGGGUGGGCGACAAGGGGUUGAGCGUGCCCAGUGCGGAUGCGAACGAGGCUGAUGUACCAAGGAAGACGUACCUUCAGAAGCUGCGUCCUUGGUCGCCGGUUCAAAAACAGCCGGUUAAGAUUAUGGUUAUGACAUAUCUGCACAUGCUCCAGAGUCUAUACUCCCCAGGCAUCCUCUUCGCCAUCCUGAGUUCAUCGGUUGCGCUUGGCUGCGCCGUCGGCAUGUCACUGACCUACAACACCGUGUUGCACGAGCACUACGGAUGGGACAUGAAGAACAUUGGGCUUAUCAACGUCGGUGGUGUUAUCGGCGCCGUGCUGGGAAUGGUGUAUUGCACAUUCAUCGGCGAUAAGUUCGUUCUCUACGCCGCGCGACGAAACAAAGGCAUUCACAAGCCGGAACACCAUCUCAUUGUUCUCAUCCCACCGGGUAUCAUCGGUGCUGCAAUGCUGGUUCUCUACGGCUACACUGCUGGAGGCGGUGCAACUUGGUGGGGUCCAUACAUGGCGUGGACACUGUUCCAGUACACGUUUACCGCCGUGCUCAUCGUGUCUACGACAUUUGCGUCUGAAGCUGGGGCACAACAUCCUGGGCCUGCGCUAGUAGUUGUUGUGGGGACCAAGAAUAUUGUUUCCUUUGGUCUUACAUACGGGCUCACGCCCAUGGUUGCAAAGCACGGGUAUAAGUGGGCGUUUGGUGUGUUGGCGGGUAUUUACAGUGCCAUCUUCUUGCUCGGUAUUCCGGUUUAUUAUUUGAACCCGAUAUGGCGUGCGAGAAGUAAGAAGAACUAGUCAGUAGUGAGAG